CUCCUCCUGCUCCUCCUGCUCCUCCUGCUCCUCCUCCUGCUCCUAGUCCUCCUCUUCACGGACCUGGACCGACAUCUGGUUCGUGGCUCUGAUCAUGGACUCUUUCUCUCCUUCUUUAUUUCUUUCUCUCCACUUGAGGACCGCGGGAUGUUUUGACUUGCUGCUUCUCGGAUUCUGCGUCUCGACGGGAAUUCAAGGCUGAAAGUCAUGCAGUGAUCGUUGCAGCGACAGUUGAUCCGAUGAUUGAGACCGGGACUCCGAGCAUGUUGGACAGAAGUGAGCCGGCACACUGCACCGUGUGCUGCUGCACGCUGGCCAACAAGAUCCUCAUGGUGCUCUUCAUGGUGCUGCUCAUCUUGGCCAUCUUGUUUGGGAACUUGGUGACUCUGGCUGUGAUUUUAGGGAAUAAACACUUCCACACGUCGCAGGGCUACCUGAAGGCGUCGCUCGCCGUGGCCGAUCUGGCCGUGGGGAUCUUCGUGGUGCCGCUGUCCGUCUACGCGGAGGUCUAUCUCAUGGUGACCGACUCGGCGCCGGACUGGACCGCGUACAACUCACAGUCGGUGAGUUUCCACCCGUGCAACGUCAUCGGUCCCAUCUUCGCCGGGUGCACUUUGGUCUCCAUCACGACCAUUUUCCUGCUGACCAUCGAGAGGAGCAUCGCCGUGUUGAGGCCGCUGCACAAGGACUCUGUGAUCACGCGUAAAAGGACCACGAUCCUCAUCGUCCUCUCCUGGGUGGGGAGCUUCUUCUUGGCGGUGUCUCCGCUGGUUUUCAGCAGCGAGAUCGCUCUGGAGUACAACUCCUGCAGCCGGAUGUGUAAUUACGCUCUGGGGACCAUCGGCGAGUUCCCGAGCCAGGCCUGGAACAUCCUCCUUCUCUUCCCCGCCUUUGACUUCACCCUCUUGGGGGGAACUGUGGUCAUUAACAUCAUCUCUCUGUCCAGCAUCAGGCAGCACUCGAAGCGCAGGAAACACCUGGCCGAGUCCGAGUGCCAAAGCACCACCAAACCGACCUUCUCCGACAUCAAGGCAGCCAAAACAAUCGGGACGCUGACUGUGGCGUUUACCGCAUCCUUCACCCCCAUCGCCGUCUUCGUGGUCGGCAACGUUCUGGGGAAUAAAUGGUGCAACUUCUCAUUUUUUGCCUUCUGGAUUUUGGCCACCAACAGUUGCUGGAAUGUCAUAAUUUACAGUGUGCAAGAUCAGAAGUUCAGACUUCGUGCGCACAAGCUCCUCGUGCCUUUCCAGAGAAAACACACGAGCAAAUCCUAAAAACAGAAACUUCAGGGACCAGAAACCAGAAACUGCAGCUCAGCCUGAGAGUCAUGUAGAUGUUUGUCACACAAACUCUUCGUUCAACAUAUUGUGAGUCUCGUUAUGAGACAUGUCUGCAUGUUUCGUGGACUGUAUUUCUUUUUUUUUGUGAAAUUGAAUUUUUUUAAAUGGAAUUAAUACGCAUGGACAGUAUCAGGUGUCAGAUGUUGGAUAUUAAAUGCUCUUUGUGGGCAUGUGUGUGUGUUGUGUGUAACGCUGCGAUCACAGAAGCCUGUUUCAGUCUGUGACAUGAUCGUUUGACCUGAGUGUGAUCAAU